CCAUUAAGCUAAUUGAUAGCUUUUGAGCGGUCAUUUUCCGUCACGUAUCUUACUUCCUCGUUUGAGUCAUGACGGAAAUGGACUUCUCUACAAACAGUUUUGUGAGAUCAUGUUCCUCAGACUGUGAACUAAAACCUGUCGAUGUGGUAAGUGAUAAAAACAGAUUUGAAAAAGCAAGAUCUGCCUCUGCUUUUGAGAGUUUUACAUGCAGAUGUUCAGUUUGUGAUCGGAAGUUGUCUUGGGCCAGUUUGGUUGCAUUUUUUGGGGAGUUUUUACAGACAUUUUCUGAUUCAGUGAUGACCUCACUUAUUAAGAUUUUUUUGAUGGAUCAAUUUAUCAAAUAGAUUCCUCGUAGCCGUGUGUCUGUUCAUUAACUCCUUACACCCAAAUAUCAGUUAGCAUAUUCUCCAUAAUGUUCACCAUACAUUUCCUAAGUUGCUGUCAAGAUGAAUUUGUUCAACAAUCAAGAGCUUCUUUAUUAAGUGAUCAAUUCCUUUAUUCUUGUGACUUUGAUUUUUGAUUCAAGGGUGAUACACCCUGGAGAAAUCAGUUAUCAAUCACUCUCAGGGGUUAAAUGGUUAAUGGAUCACAGACGACGUCAAAAAGUGGCAAGAACAAAAAAGUGGUUCAGCCCAGUUUGUCACUGAUGUUCUUACCACAUUUGGAUGCCUUCUGCAAUGUAUUACUGUCCAGACCCAUGGCAGUAUGGAAUCUACUUGUUUUAUAUGAUAACACAAAAGUUUUUUAAUGGUGAGGUCAUCCAUGUAAUUGUCCUCUACUGGUCAUAAAUAACAACCAAUCAAAAUGCACGUAGGAUUCAGCUUAUCAUAUAAAUAACCAUGUUCAUUGCAAUCAGUAUGCCAAGAAUUAUGAAAAUACAAGAAAGUGAAAAAAAGAAUAAUAAGGAAAGACCCUAUUAUGAACAUGAAUCAAGUUUACUUAUGAACUUUGUUGAGAAUGCAGAGUUUGAUCUAUUUCAUGUUUUUUUUUGACAGUUCAAACAGGCAGUCCCCAAACUCCUCCCAUUUUUCCAGACAUUUUGCAUCUACUUCAUACUAUGGCUGCCAGAAGCCAAGAAUCCUUCAAUACUGGCAGCUGCAAUAAAGAUCUUACCCAUCAUAAGCCUGUGUGGCUUUGUCAUCAUGCAAGGAGUGAACCCCCAUGACUAUAACAGCCGCAUACUUCUUGGCCUUAUCUUCUCCAUGUUUGGUGACAUAUUUAUAGUUUGGGAACAUAGCCAUUUCCAUUUUGGUGUCAUCUCUUUUGGUAUCGCCCAUCUGUGCUAUGCUUCAGCAUUCGGUUUCACACCAGUUAAUCCAUUAGUUCUAGUGGGCCUUUUGAUCCUAACUCUAAACACUUAUUCCUUGUACUUUCCAAACCUCAAUGGCUCCCUCAUGGGAACAGUUGCUGGAUACAUGCUGAUGAUAUCUGUUAUGAUCUGGAGAGCAAUCACUGGUCUUCAGGUUUCUUUACGUAGCCAAGCUUGGCAGUGGACCAAACUUUGUGCAUGUGUUGGAGCUAUUUCAUUUGGUUUUUCAGAUUUUAUUCUUGGUGUAAACAAGUGGUAUUUUCCAAUCCCUUAUGCUCGAGUUAUUGUUAUGGUGACAUACUAUAGUGCCCAGUUAGGCUUUGCUCUGUCUUGUUUCACCACUAGUCAGGUUAAAUUGCAUAAAACCAAGGAAUAGGUUUUAAGCUUAGGUUUAAAGUAGAUUUUUAGCUUAGCUAAAAAAUAUACACUUAGUGUAUGAUCCCUAGGGAAACAGUUAGUUUUGUCUUCCCAAGAGUCCUGUUCAAUGUUUCCUUGACUUUAUCUUGGGAAAAAUCAGGACUCUUGGGAAAACAAAAGUAAUUAGUUUCCCAAGGGACCAUACUUUAAGUUCUUUGUUAUAUAUUUAGACUUUCCCUUAAACAGUCAUGUGCAGUUGUAUUCGGUGAGUGGGCAACAACUGCACAAUUGUAUCCCAGUUGGGAUACAUUUGAAUCUGACUAGGGGCAUGUGACCAAGAAUCAACCAAUCACAGUGCUUGCUUUGUUGAGUGAAAGUCUAGGUAUAUAACAAGUGGUAUUUUUCUAAUCCCUUAUGCUUGAGCUAUUUAUUUGUUUUACCACUAGCCAGGUUAAAUUACAUAAAACCAAGGAGUAGGUUUUUACCCUAGGUUCCUUUGAAGGAAGUUUAUGCAGUCAUGAAAGAAAGUCAAGGUAGAGUUGAACCCAGCUUACUAAAACUUGGUUUACUCAACUCCCCUGUAACUCAAGCAAGAUCCAAUUUCCUUUGACCUAAUUUUUUAUAGUCAUUUACAAUCCGUUAACUCAAAAACCCCAAUAGCUCAAUUCAUUUUUCAUUUUCCUGGGGGGUUUGAGUUAGCAGGGUUCUUCUGUAUUUUAAAAGAAAAAAAGAGCUUUGUCUCCAUAGUUUGGGGUUUUUUCUAAGGCUAGUCAGGGUGUGAAAUAAUUUUUUUUUUCUGAUAGCCACUUGGCUCCUAAAUUCUUCAAAGUGGUAGCCAAUUCAAAAAAAAGUUGGUCGCCAUUUUCAAAGACAAACUAAACCUUUUUUUACACUGUCAGCGUUCUAGAUAUAUAGACCCUCCAAAAUUAAGUUAGGAAGAAGAUCUUUAACGUGCUACAAAGUGGACACUAGGAUGGGAGAUAUACAACUUUCAAGCUCACCUAAAUCCAAUAUGGCGUCUAGUUAUCAAUUGAGAUGCAUGUGCUGCACUGUGGAAACAAACUUAACGAGGAAGUUUGCUGCAGAUUUAUCUUUGCAAAUCAUUUUCAUUCAAUCUAUCUCUUUCGUAAGGUUAUGAUGAAACAUUCUAGUCACCAAUUUGGUGACUAAGUUUUAGGAUUUGGUCACUAAAGUGAAAAAUUUAGUUGCAUUGGCACCUGUAUUAGGCACAAUUUCAUGCCCUGCUAGUUCGUUUUUUUUUUUGGUUGAUAGAAAGAAACUAUUUCAAUUAAUAUAAAUUUGCAAGAGUAAACAAAAACCUGAGAGGCAAGAAAAAACUGAACAGGACAAAGAAGGCUCACUGACUGUGUAAAUAUUAACAUAGAUUCCAAUUAACUAUCUUGAUGCAAAUUUUUCAUGCCUACCAUAAUUUUUUUUAUAAUUCAUCACACACUACAGAGGAAAAUUUUGUUCAAACUGACAUUUUUAGUUUCAGCUCUUUUCGUCAGUGCCAUGCUCUUACAUGGGGCUAUUAUAAUUUAAACAUACAGUCAACUCUUUCCUUGCAGCACAUUUCAGUUAUGGACAGUUGCUAAGUAAUGUUAAUUCCCUACAGUUAUUUUUGGUAGAAUUGGAAAUUUUAUCAAGACCUCCAAUGAUCCAGGCUAGAAGAAGCUCUUUUUCAACUUUCUUUUUGCCUUUAGGUAAGACACUGUAGACACAUAACCACAACAGAGACAUGACUUUUUAUUAUGUACCGUAGGACUUGCAAAUGCAUGGAGAAGUGGAAAAGAAACUCCCCAAAUAAGAAAGAAAACAUCACAAAUAGACAAUUUUUCGUCCUGUAAACAUUACUUGAUGUAAAAAGAUAUUCAAUUUUCCAUUUAAAUUACAAAGAAAGAAAAACUACAACUUUAGCC